CUAAUUUGAACGACUACAGUUUGAUUUUGUUUAGCCUAAUUCUUUACUCCCUACUAAGCGGCCAGUUAACCUGUGACCUCGAAGUCAGCUGGUUGUGUCGAUAUGCAUUAUGAACAGUUGCUCUGGGCUGUUAAAAAUGGUGACUUGCAAUCGAUAAAAGAAAACAUGAAUAAUUUGUCUGGGGUUAAUUCUACUUUUAAAAAUGGAAGAACUCUAAUUCACUACGCUGCUGACUAUGGACAGAAAGAAAUAUGUGAUUACCUCAUACGAAAUGGUGCAGAUUUAAAUGUUAAUGACAGUUUUGGAGUUACACCUUUGCUUGCAGCCAUAUAUGAGGGUCAUAUAGAUUGCGUAUCUUUGCUGCUCAACAAUGGCGCAAAGCUGGGGCUAGCUCCAGAUGGCUCAACGUACGUCGACUGUGCCGCGUCAGAAGAUAUAAGGAAUAUCUUGAGAAACUACAUAACUGUAUGAUACGAGAUGCACAUAAUCUACACAAUGAGUGCCAGAAAUUUUGUGUUUUCGUUCCAAAGACCGUCAAUUUAUUGGCACGAAUAGAUUCUCUCCGAGUUUCUUCCAGUGCACGUAUUCCAGGCUGCAAAAUGAUGGUUGCUUAAGAGCUUGCACAAUAUUUUGUUCUCCACUUCUGCUUUAUGUUCACUUAACUUUAAACAUUAUUGUCCAUAAAACAAGGUAUAUUUCCUCCCUUUGUACACAACUUAUUUUGUGAUUUGUAUGCUUUAUUAUGUGUAAAUUUUUCUAAUAAACAUUUUUCCUAAGUUCUUAUUUUUUCUUAAAAACUUGGAUUUCAGUGUUUGUAUGUACUCAGUGUUAUAUGCCUAAGAGUUGUGUUAUGACUUCAGGAAAUUAACGUUUAUAUACCAUUGUUUGGGUUUUUUAUU